GUCGACUUGGAUUCUCCCUAAGGUCUCACGUACAGUAGUUCCGUGCCUGGAAAGUGUUCACCGCAUGUACGUCAGACGUAGUGCAUGAAUGGGAGAGAAAGGGGAGCAGACGAGGUGGUGAGGCGAUCGAUAGAUAAGUCUCCCCUCUUUCUCGUAUCCUAGACCUGCCAUCCAGUGUUCCUCUUUCUUUCCUCUCUGUCCGUUCUGAGGGCUCUUCCCUGUCAUCGUUCUUCUCUUUCCUCGCUUUUCAGACCACGAUCAAGCCACAGCUGACAGCUCUGGCUUUUUCCUGAGCGCUUGGCCUUCUUCAACAUGCUGUCCUCACCAGGCCAGCUUGACCUCUCUGUCGAGGAUGGGAGGCUCUAUCUAGGUGGCAAUUGGCGACAAUUCAUUCCAGCCGAGCCUACGCAGGGUAUCAAGGAGAUUGAAACGUUUCGCUACAUUCUCUGCGCCGUCUACGCAGUCAUUGGCUGGGAGUACAUCGUCACGUUCCACGAAGAGCGACGGAGAUGGAAACAGCUCAUCGUCCAGCGCAAGAUUGUCCUCGUCAAUAUCUUCGUCAUCAUUGGGAGGUACAUGAUGAUUGCGAACGCCAUCACCUCUGCGAUCUACUUUUUCGGCAACCCGGGCGACUGCCAGUCCCCCAUGACGCUCAUUUUUCUUACCUACUUCCUUGUCUGGCUGUCCUCGGCUCUCAUCUUUGUUCAGCGCGUUCGAGCGCUUUACCACAGCAACCCGGCCGUCAACUACUUUAUCAUGGGUGUCACAGCAUUUUGCAGCUGUCUCUGGAUCGUAGCCUUGGGCUUCUUCUACUCGAGUCGCCUGCCGCCGGAGGUGCAAGUUCCACGUAUGCCCACCUGCGUCCUCGCACCUUCGCCACCCUGGCGUGCUAUCGGCUUUGGUGGAUGCAUCAUCUUCGACCUGGCCGUGCUGGGUCUGACGGUGUUGCGCGUGCGUCAGCAGGUGCAGAAGGAGAAGCGGUCGCCCAUGACAGGCUCUGCCGCCCGCCGACAUGGUGUCAAGAGUGCACGAAGCUGGCUCAUCGAGACGGCGCUCGUUUACGGUGGUGUGUGCCUCACCAUCAACGUCGCCACCUUCUUCGUCAUCAUCUUUGAACGCGACAUGAUCCUCGAGGCCUACCCGAUCCCCUUUGCCGUCGUCAUCAACACUAUCGUCGCGAGCCGCAUCGUCUUCCACUCGGACCUCUGGGGCGCUAAGACGGCGCUGCUCGAGUCGAGAACGCUGCAAGGGUUCGUUCACCCCAACCACCACCGUGAUGGUGUGCUCCUCUCUCGCAACCAGCGUUCUCGCGGCGGCAACGGUGCCGAUGGCAUUGGCAAAGGCGCCGCAACAACGAGCAUCGGCGGUGGCAAUCUUGCAGGCGACUUUGAUGAUGGAGAGAUGGACAAGCGGUCAUUGCAUUCGAGCAUGCAGCACGGGACCCCUCUCUCGCUGCAGGGCGCCUUCUCGCUCGACCCCAAUCUGACCAGCGGCAUUUCUUCCGGCAACGGCUCGGUCUCGCUCUCUGCCGAGAAGAGCGGAUUCGCAUUCAGCAAGGGCUUCAGCGACUUUGCGCUCAACAACGGCAACCGCAAUAGCAUGCAGAGCUUCAACGGCGGUCAGACGCCUGUGCUUCGCGCGCACGCGCCGAAUUCGUCGUCGGCAGCCAAUUCGCCGUUCGCCAAGCAAGUUGCAUCCAUGUCGUCGUCACCGUAUAUCAAUGACAGUCCGACACCGACAACAGACGACGUGGUUGACGAUGAUGAGGAAAACCAUGUGGGCGACGCCAGCGACGAGAUCGAAGACCUCGAGAUGCAGGUACGAUCAGGAUCGAGGGCCUCGCCAAUGCAAAUGCAUCAACCGACGCUGCACAAGCAGAGUAGCUUCAUAGGCCGGGCGCGAUCGCCACAAGCAUCAUCAUCGAUGUCAGACCUUCACAAUGGUCAAGCUUCUUCACCUGUCGGGAAACAAGCAGAUGGACGCGUGCGGGCGGGCAGCGGAAAUGUCGAGCAGGAAAUCGUCAUGUCGCCCGAGGUCGUCCGGAUCCAGAGAGAGGUCUCCAGGAGAGUCGACUGAGUUCCGCUUCUGCUCGGCCCAGCUACCCGCUGCCAUGUUGCUGUCGAUGCUUGCCUCUGUCACCGCGUUGCCUCACUGCCUUCCGUCAUACCUCAUCAUUCUGUCGAGAUCAAUCUGUAUUUCUUCCUUCCCAUCCAUCGUUACAUGAUAACUCACACCCGGCGAUGCCGGCACACGCCGAUGAAAUCACGAAAACAAUGCAAAAGAAUUACAAGAGCGAAUCAUCUACAUGUUGUUGGUGCCUUUCCUUUCAUGCUUCCUUGCCUGUAUCCUUGUCCUCC